AUGCAGAAGACGCUGCGAAAUCGCAUUUCUUGCAGCCAGCCCGCCCGUUCGCGUUGCAUCUUCGUUGGAGAUACGGCUGACCAAUCUGCGGCUCCGUUGCGGACUGCAUCCAUCGCGGCAUUCGCGGACGCUGGACAUCGCCCUUUUCGAAAUCGAAUUCGGCGCUUUUGCUCCUCAGUUCAGUAUCGGCUGCUGGAGAUGAGGGCUCGAUCCGAGCAGCCGUGGUCCAACCGCAUCGGCUCUGACAUGGUCUGCCUUUCGAGGAUUGGAGGACAUGCCACAAAUCGUUGCCGAUGGCUCGAUGAUCGGCCCAGGCAUCCGAAAGAGGUCGGACGAGCACGUUCGCUGGCUUCUGAAACGCGUGCGUCCUCUGUGGGUGUACGAAUUCUGACGUGCAUGCCGACUGCCUAA